UAUAGGCUACACUCGGGGCUAUCUGACAUCGACACGUCGAGUCUGAAGAUCCGGGAGAGGAGGAAGAAACAAGGAAGUGCAGUUAGCAAAAGCAGGCAAGUACAGGCUACAUCAGCGGCUUCGUUGAGCUUGAGGCUGUUUGUUCAUCUAACGUUCUUGCAAAAAUGCCUGAAGUACUGACAUUAAGGAUUCAAGCAGUUAACACCAAUGCCAGUGACGGACUGGAGGGCUUCAAAGCACAUGCUGUGUUCCAGGAAAUCAACAAGAAGCUUCAGGAGGAAGGGGAGCAGUUUGUGAAAAAGAUCGGGGGGGUGUUUGCCUUCAAAGUGAAGGACGGCCCAAAUGGACAGGAGGCAACUUGGGUGGUGGAUGUGAAGAACGGCAAGGGCUGCGUUCACAAUGACACAGCUAAGAAAGCAGAUUGCACCAUUUGCAUGUCAGAUACAGACCUUUUGGCCUUGAUGACAGGAAAGAUGAACCCACAGACUGCGUUUUUCCAGGGUAAGCUGAAGAUCACAGGGAACAUGGGACUGGCCAUGAAGCUUCAAAACCUGCAGCUGCAGCCAGGCAAAGCCAAGCUGUAGAGGAGACAUUGGAGCUAGUUGUAACUACUACACCUCUGAACACUGAAUAGUUUCUGUAUCGCAGAUUAAAACCACAACGAAUUUAACAGCAAGUCUGAUUUCAGAUCAGUGUUGAAGGUCUGUUAAACCUUCUCUCACUGGACUGAACUACUUUUCCUGCUACUGACCGGCCGGGGGAUUAGUCAGCAGCCCUGCCAAGCUAACUGGAGAAAAAGAUAGAUGGGUAGAUAAUUAAUUCUCUAAUAAAGGACCUCUCAUGAUAAUACCCUGAGUACACUAGAGUAGAAACAGGUUCUCCCUACUUUGUGAUACUAAUUCAGUUUUAAGUCCAUUUUUCUGUAAUUUUCCAAUACCAAUGAACUAAUUCUUUGACUGUGUUUUGGCUAGAAAAGUUUUGGAUAGAGCAGAUUGACGUCAUUUCCACAAUCAUGGACACAAUAGUCUAAGUGCCUCCUUGUCUCAGAUUCGCAGUUUGCUCAAAGGUUUUUAGCCAACAACAUAGAAAUGUUUUUCACUGUGGCUGCCUGCUGUUUUAAAGGACCAGUGUGUAAAAUUUAAUGGCAUCUAGUGGUGAGGUUG